CUUUUCACGAAAAGCCCAACACAGGAAGGCCAUGGACACCUGUGGGACCCAAAAUCCGAGCCCAGUGCACAUACUUACACUCGGCAAGCUCAACCCAUACCUCUAUUCUGCAAUGGCUGUCCCUACAAUGUUCCACACUUUUGCGCUACCCUGUCACCUUCGCCUUCCCAAAACCUUCUCAUGCGCUUCACCAAUGGCUACAACAGCAACGGCAUCUCCGCUUGCAAUUGGGAGCGAUUGCGGCGUUUCAAUCAAGGGCCUAUUAUACCCUGCACUCUCUUAUACCAACACGCUUUACUUCAAAUCAGCGUACAACGUGCAGAUCGUAGUGGGCGAUGACGAGCCCGAAGAUAGAAUCGUUUAUCGCUUCAAGAAGGAGGUUCUCAAGGCUGGGGUGCUUCAGGAGUGUAGACGUAGAAGGUUCUUCGAGAACAAACACGACAAGAUCAAAAGGAAAGCUCGCCAAGCUUCUAGAAGGAACCGAAAGAGGAAGCCGCGGUCGAGAGCUUUGGCAGAAAAUAAACACGAUUCUGAAAAGAAAAAGGAUGCCGAUGGCGAUGACGAUACUGGUAUUGAUAAUUGGGAACUGCCUGAGGCCUUGUACAGGGAAGGUGACUUUAAAUGAUAAGUCUUGUAUGUAUGAAAACUGAUUACACCUGUUCUUAGUUGGUAUGGACCAUUUUUUCAAACUUUACUAGUACCUAACUUGUUUAGAUACUGAACGUGUUAGUGAAUGAUGAUCAAGACAAAAGUAUGUAUAAAAUGUAAAAUUGAAAAAACCAUCUUCUUUGAUUUUCA